AUGGGGACAAUAGGCAGUUGGAGCUAUAAGUUUUUGGCAAUUUGCUUCUACGUCCCGCUUUUUUGUAGUUCCAACGAACUUCAUGUUGGUGCAGCGGAGAAAGAAAUGGUAAAAGUGGGUGUCAUUAUAGACAACAACUCUAUAGUGGGGAGGUAUAUUGACAUGGCGCUGUCCGAUUUUUAUGCUGAGCAUGCAAGCUACCGUACGAGGUUGUCUCUUUGCUCCAUGGAUUCCCAGAAAGAUGUCGUUGCAGCCGCUUCCGCAGCCUUAGAUUUGAUGGAAAAUGAAGAAGUGUAUGCCAUAAUUAGACCAGAAUGGUCCUCGCAGGCCAAAUUCGUCAUUGAUCUUGGAGCUAGAGCCCAGGUUCCCAUAAUAUCAUUCUCGGCCACGAGUCCUUCCCUCUCCCCGGCUCAGAACAACUACUUUGUUCGAACUACAUAUGAUGAUAGUGUCCAAGUGAAGGCAAUCGCCGCAGUAGUUCAAACCUUUGGUUGGAAAGAGGUUGUUCCUGUCUACGAAGACACUGACUAUGGCAACGGCCUGAUUCCAUACAUCACUGAUGCCUUUCAAGAAAUAGACACCCGGGUACCUUACAGAAGUGUGAUCCAUCCAUCAGCCCAUGACAUUGAUAUACUAAAUGAGCUUGUAAAGCUGAUGACAAUGCAGACGAGGGUUUUCCUGGUUCACAUGACUGCUUCGCUUGGGUCUCGGCUAUUCUUGCAGGCGAAUAAGGCAGGGAUGCUGAAUGAUGAGACUGUGUGGAUUGUGACUGAUGGGUUGACAUCAUUGCUCGACCCAGUCGGGUAUGGAGCGAAAGAGUCCAUGCAAGGUGUGAUAGGGGUGAGGCCUCACCUCCCAAUGUCGAAGCGACUGGAACGCUUCAAGAAGAAAUACUUAAUUGGGACUAGGAAGUUGAAUCUCUUCGCCUUACGGGGGUAUGAUACCGUUUCCGCAUUAGCCAAUGCAGUUGAGAUGGCGUGGUGGAAUUCCUCCACGUCUCAAAACCGAAGGAGGAUGAGGCCAAACACGAGAACCAGACUGAACCUUUCUGCCCUAGGAGUCUCAGAGAUGGACCCAGAGAUUCUCCGAUGGAUACGAAACUCCACAGUCAAUGGACUUACGGGACAAUUCUAG